AUUGUCAACAAGUGAAAUAGGCAUGUAAUUUUAGGUUAUUGGUUUUGUGUUUAAAAUAUAUUUUUUGUUUAUUUAUUUUCUCAAAAAAUGAAUAACUGUUUUAUUCAGUAAUAAUGGAUUUUGCAAGGAAACAGUUGUUAAAAUACGGUUGGACAGAUGGAAAAGGUCUCGGUAAGCACGAGAAUGGCAUAUCGGAACCGUUGAAGCCGAAACUAAAGAGGAGUGUAGCGGGAGUGGGGUACGAUGCCGCAUCAGACUUCACCGAACAUUGGUGGAGCCAACUCUAUGAUAAGGCCGCUGGGAAUGUUGAGGUUGAGGAAGCAAACGGAAAAACCAAAAAGAUAAAAACUAAAGACACUGACAAUUUCGAGAUCACGAACAGUACUUGGAAGUUGAAUAGGAAGAAGGGUAAAGCCGAGAAUGGAGAAUAUUCAGAUAAUUUUGUGAAGAAGUCCAUAUUGAGCGGAGGGAGUAAGGUGGAGAAACUUGCUGAGUCUGAUUCUGAGGAAGAAGUGAAGAAGGAUGUUUUCAAGAUGUCUGAUGAGGAACUAUUUGCAGCUUGCGAGGGGCGCACAGCUCACAAGGGUGCCCGUCACGGUCUUAAGGCUUUAGGCAAAUUGGCGCGAAUAGCGCAACAGGAACAGGCUCUGCUUCUACAACCGCAAUAUCAAGAGUAUUCUCACGCAAAAAAGUUAAAAAAAACAAAAGAAAUAGUUGAAAAUGCAAAUAUGAAUAGCGACGUUGAAGACCAAGUAAUAAAGAAGAAGAAGAAAAAACGAAAGCGCUGCACUAGUCUUAAUAAUUCAGGAAAUUGUGAAGAAAUUGCUGGAGAUGAUAAUGUGGAUAUGGCUGAAUCAAAAAUUGCGGUGCCCGAGGAAGAUUCGAGGAGACAAGAAGGAAGCGUUGCCAGUAAUUCUCAUUGUCUAAAAAUGGUAGAAAAGAAAUGUACAGACGAAAAUAUGGUAGAUUUAAGUGAAGAUGUACAAAAUUGUAAUAAAGAGUCCAAGAAAAAGAAGAAACGGAAAACUGUUGAUGCAAUGGAUGUAGACGACUUGAGUAAUGAAAAAUCUGAGUUGGAUGUGAAAAAGCGAAAGAAAAAGAAACACAAGUGUGUCGAUGAAUGAUUUAUCAUAUUUGUUUUUGUAAAUAAUUAUAUAUUUUUACAUAA